GAACACACCAAAUGGGACCAGAAAGGAGGAAAGAAACUAAUCUCAAAUCCAGAUGCUUUGAGGACCAACAGAGGGUCAAACUAAUCCAAACACACUCACAGAGCUCCAUCCCUUCUUGUGUUCUCUGAGGUUUUUCUCAGACUGCAACAAGUCAGCAGAGCGGACUAACUCAUCAACUGGAUAUUUUAUGCUUGCUUGCGUCUUGCGAAACUUUCAAAGACGCAGUCAAAGCUCCAGGACUUUGUUUCGGGUCUCCAUUUGAAAUAGCCUGCGCUGUCCAGUAGAGGAAUUUACAAAUGCAUUAAUGGCGUGAGCAUCCUCAGUGAUUCAGUUAUGGCGUUGUGGUGGUGCAUAAAGAUCUUCUGUAGGUUGGCUGCAGUGUGCUUUCUUCCCCUUCUCCUCUCAUCACUACUAUGCCUCAUGACCUCCCCUGCACAUGCUGAACUCUCCUGUCCUCAGACUUGUAGCUGUCCAAGCGUUAAAGAUGUUCACUGUACAUUCAGACAUCUCACAGCUGUACCCAAAACAUUUCCCAAGGACACAGAGAGACUCAACCUGGGAUAUAAUAGCUUGACUGAGGUGGAGGCAUCAGACUUCAGGACUCUAUGGCAACUAGAAAUGCUCUUGAUGCAUGGUAACGACAUAAGCGUAGUCCACUCAGGAGCAUUUUACAGCUUGCGGUCACUACAGAUAUUGAAACUGAGUUAUAACAAGCUAACAAUAGUGAAACCUGGACUGUUUGAGGGUCUAGUGGGUCUGGUUCGCCUGCAUCUGGACCACAACCUCAUCAGCUUUAUCGAGCCAUAUUCUUUUACGGGUUUGACUUCACUCAAACUACUACAACUGGAAGGGAAUCUUCUCAAAGAGAUCCAUCCUCAUACUUUCAUUACAGUGUCACUUCUAGGAAACUUUUGGACCUCUGGCCUCAAGCAUUUACACCUUUCAGAUAAUAUGUUGGAACAGCUCCCUGCGACUGUACUGUACACAUCGCCUAGACUGGAAAUUCUCUCUCUUCAUGGUAACCCCUGGACCUGUGAUUGUCAACUUCACUGGUUGAUACAGUGGAGCGCAACACACAAAGGUGUCAUAAAGUGUAAAAAGGACCGUGAGACAAGCACAACAGAGGUUUGUCUUCAGUGUUUCUCUCCCCAAUCCCUGAACGGCACCAUGUUGCUUGGAUUAAGUGAAGAUCAGCUUGCCUGUGAAAGACCAGCUCUUCGCUCUUCUCUCAAACUGUGGGACAACCCUGUGUGGGCUGAAUCUGACACAGAGCCUGACCUCCCAUAUACCCGAGACUUUGAAAAGCCCUUAGGCCACCUAAGUUUCGUUCUCUCAGAUAUUCAUGGAAAUAAUGCUCAUGUGGACUGUGAUAUGCGCCACCCAGGAGACAGUUCUCAUAUAAACUGGACAGUGAAUCCACGAUCAGUUCAAGACCUUACUGUCAAUGUAUCAUUAGCAACCAUCCUGGAGUGUGAGAUUGAUCGGGAAAAAUUGCAAAAUCUUUGGCAACUGGUUGCGUAUUACUAUGAAAGUCCUGCUAUCUUGGAACGAGGGCAAGAAAGAGCGAACACUAGCAGAAAAACAUAUCAAUAUGCUCAAGUUGCAAAUGAAAAUUCUCCUUAUUUCACAGACUUAAAAGGAUAUUUGGUGGCAGAACCAGCAUGGCUGCUUCAACACAGUGUCACAUUAAAGCUUAAUAGACAACAAACAACAACCAAGAAACUGGUUAUGGAUUUUACAACCAUAAUCACCCAAAAUAUCAGCAGCCAGAGAGGGCAGCAGGAUGCCACUGACCUUUCUUCCUCUUGGGCAAUGAUUCACCGUGGUACUGCAUGGCGGGUCAAUUCUGUUCUUGAAGGGUCAAAGGUUAAUUUAAAAUGUAGUGUUGUCACUCCAGGACAGGAGGUAAAAGUGGACUGGAUGCUUCCAGAUUUGUCCAUUGUGGAAGGUGUGUCUGAAAAACUCAAAAUUGAUGAGAAAGGGGAUCUUCUGAUCAUGAAUACAUCACAAUCUGACUCUGGUCUCUAUCACUGUAUGAUCAGAACAAAAGCAGGGGUGGAUUUGGUGUCUUUGAGGCUUACUGUUAAAGAACGAUCACCAAGCCCUACCACUUUCAAUGGACAGAAAAUUACUGUUGGAAAGGGAGGUUCGAUCUCGCUCCCAUGUGAGGUGACAUCAGCACAGCCCAGUCAAACUGUGUGGUACAUGCCCACAAACAAAGUACUUCUUCCCACACAAAAGACAAGAAAAGCAGCAGUCAUGGAAAAUGGUACUUUGGUGGUGAGGAAGUUGAUGGAAGAAGAUUCAGGGGAAUACAGUUGUUUGGCCUCAAAUCUCUAUGGAGUUGACAUGCUGUCACACGUGGUGGAAGUGACAGGGGAAAAGGUCUCUGAAAACUCUGAAGUACAGACAGAAACAGAGCAGCUAAUCUUAAACGCUGAAACAGAAGAGGGUUCGGCGGGAGAUUACCAAGAAAUUACUCGCCCUUUUGCGACACAGGUUUCUACGGUCGGAACCCAGCGAAGGAAUCCUGGUUUGUUUCCAAACAAAGGCCCAAAGAAAGAUUUUAAACGAAAACCCACUAUUGUUGCGAAGACAUUGGAUCCAAAUUACUGGGCACAAGUUUUGGCUCAAGCCAAUGCUAAAUUACCCAUUGCACAGGCCUCAGAAUUGGCGCUACCAUAUUCUACCACUGUGAUUGCCCCAGCCAGUUUUCCCAACCCUGCAGCAACUGUUUCUUCCUACACAACUGCGAACAAUGAACCAAUUACAACUAUUUCUGCGUAUGCAGCAAAAGAAACACAACCCAGAACUUCACAGACUCCAUUUGACAGAAGUACAGUGACGUCCCUUAACCAUGUAAGUAGAAUUACAAAAAAAACCAAUGGAGAAACUUCAGUCAUCAGAACGCAAGUUGAAAAAGUAGAAAACCGGCAACAUGGAUUAGGUAACAGGAAAUAUGUUCCUGGUCACUCAAACCGAAGAAGACCACCUUUUAGACGAAGAAAACCACCUAUGAGAAGAAUUCGUCCUGACGCCAAAUCAUUUUUUCAUUCAUCUACUAUGCUCAAAUCUACUUUUAUCCCACCAACGGCCACAAUUAUUACUACCACCACCUCUAGUUGGACAAUACCCGAAGAAACUAUUGUCAACAGUUACAAUCAGACAGAGAAAGUUAGCGGUAAUGAGCACGGUAGAAGCACGCACAAAAGAAAAGAAUCCAACUCUGAAAGUCAUCUUACAGUUCUGGAUCAUUCAGCUUCUCAAUUAUUAAAAGACAUAGAAGCCAAAUUAGAGAAUUUGUCAGAAACACAUGUUUUACCUCAUCCAAAAACAACUAUUCCUCCAAAGAUAGAAGCCAUUUCUCUUCACAAUGAAAGGACUGAUGUGAAAAUAGAGCAAGUGAAUGCAAAUCAAAAUAUAUCAGCAGGGAGGGAUGUGGAAGUUAUGAGAGGAAAAAGUGAGAUGGAGAGAGGGUUAAAACCAAUUAGAGAACAAGAAACCCAAACAAUAAACACAGAGCUUCAGAUGGUGAGGGAAUCAUCUAAGAACGAGUUGGUCACAAAGAGUUACGAUACAUGGCAUAACAUACUUUCAACAUCCCAGACACCAAAGCCAACCAUUCAACCAUCCAUGGAACAAAAUACACAAACCCAUGUCUCUUCAAUCAAAGAGACCUUCAAAACGUUUCACUUCAACAGAGAAAAUACCAAAGAUGACAACAUUCAUACGGACACUGAAGAGGUGGAUAAAGCAGGAGCAAAGCCUGAAAAGCCUUAUAUUCCCACCGCUCCAAUUCACCCCUGGUUACACUGGCACAACCAAAGAAAAGAGCAACCAAACUCUGCUCAGGUGCCACAAAUACAUCAAGACAGAAAUCCAGAAAAGCUGGGAGAUAUCAGUCGGCCACCACUGCCUCCCCGCAUUCCACCAACUUCCUACUGGCCUUCAAACCAUCACUACCCUAUCUAUCCUCGUUGGCAGAGGCCAGAGUCUUUUCCACCUCCCAAGCAAGAUGCUGUGCCCACACGUGAAACCAGGCUUUUCCCACGUGGAAGGGCUCAAAGCCCAGUUAGCACCAACAAUCCAGAUAUCACAGCUAAAACAGUGGAACCCACAAGCAACAUUAUCAAGCCAACAAUGAUUAAUUCUUCCCAACAAAAAAAUCCUUUUGAUGUCAGGACGCAAGUCAGAGAUCAACUGUUACUAUCAAAGCUGAGAAACAGAUACAGACAGGCAUAUAUUGAUCGUCUUUCUCAGCUAGGAAAAUUAGUGACACUCAAACCGCUCAUAAACCACAACAAUCCUCAGAACCCCAUUCAACCCAGUGCCAUACCCCUCACCAGACCUUUCCACCUCAGACCAGUUCCGACACGCUCCUCUGCCCAACUAAGUACAAACCUAGCCAAAUCAACAGCAUCUUCCGCCUCUGGUUUUAAUCUGACCCCACACUCUCCCCAUCCUACCACCUCAGGAUUACAACAUGGGGAUCAGUGGCAUGUUCGAGGAGCUGGUGCUGGUGGGGCCAAAUCCCGUAUCACUACAGUGAACAAAGCCAGUGUGUCAGUCCUGGCAGAGGGUGAUGCUGUCCUACAUUGUAAAGCAACAGGGAAUCCCGAGCCAAGCAUCACAUGGACAAAAGUAUCCACAGGUGCCACCAUUCCAGCCAACACCAAGCAUGGUUCUCGGUUUGAAGUCUUCCAAGAUGGAACUUUUGUAAUUAAAACAGUCCAGCUACAGGAUAGAGGCCAGUAUCUCUGCACUGCCCAGAAUAAGUUUGGAUCAGAUCGCAUGGUUAUUACCUUAGCAGUUCAAACUGAGGCCCCCAAGAUCCAACCUCCCAGGUCGACAGAGAUACCAAAUUAUUUAGGAAAAACUGUGACACUUGACUGCCUUGCUUCUGGAAAACCCCCAGCUCAAAUUUCCUGGAUUCUACCGGAUGGAACUUUUGUUCGAGAAAUUGGGACCAUUCAUACUCCUAUCUCUCAUAUGUCUCUACUUGAGAAUGGGACACUGCAAAUACGGUCAACCAAUUUCUCCAGUAAAGGAGACUAUAAAUGCAUUGCAAGUAAUGCAGCUGGUGCGGAUACAAUUACUUAUCAUCUUCAUGUUGCAGCUUUGCCUCCAAGCAUCAGUGAAGCUGCAAGUGACACUGUGAUCAUUCCGACAGGGAGGAAUGUAUAUGUUCAUUGCUCCACGAAGGGAGAACCUUUGCCCACUUUGAAGUGGACACUGCCAUCAGGGAUCCAUGUCAAACCAUCACAGUUUUUGGGACAUAAGCUCUUUGUCUUUCCUAAUGGGACACUAUAUUUCAAGAAUGUCUCACCAUCUGAUGCAGGGAGGUACGAGUGUUUGGCCACAAACACGGUGGGCAUUGCAAAAAGAACCGUCCGUCUUGAAGUGCGGGCAGAUUCCUCCUCACAUAUCCGUUAUCCUCCUCUUCCUUUCCCUGCUACUCAUCAUCAUGCAGUGCCAUCUCGCCAGCACUCGGUUUCUGCUAUGUAUGGUUCUGCUGUCUACUUACACUGUCCAGAAUCAAUUGGCUCCCCAAGGGGGACCUUCUGGCAGCUGCCCUCUAAAACUAUCAUGGAGCAUCACUACAGUCCAGAGAGACCUAUUAAAGCUUUCCGGAAUGGGACUCUGAGGAUACUUCAGCUAACAGAGCUGGAUGGUGGAAAUUAUCUGUGCUUCUUUCAGCGACCGAAUGGAGAGGACAUGGAGGUCUUUCGGGUGGAUGUCUUGAUGACCCCGCCUAGAAUUGAGCAUGUGAGAACAACGCAACCGAGAGUAAACUUUGGAGAAAAAGUCCAGGUUGAUUGUGUUGCAACUGGCCUCCCAGAUCCAGAAGUCUCCUGGAGUCUACCUGAUGGAACGCUUAUCAACAAUGCCCUUCAGUCUGAUGACAGUGGCGAUAACAACCAUCGCUAUGUUAUUUUUGGCAAUGGAACAUUACUUCUUCAGCAGAUGGACAAAAAAGAUGAGGGUGACUACACUUGCUUUGCCAAGAAUAAACUAGGUAAAGAUGAGAGAAAAGUUAGUGUCAAGGUUGGCCCGAAUCCCCCAAGAAUUAGUUUCAAAUUUCAAUCUCUGGUCACAGUGAAGUAUGGAGCAGUAGCUCAACUAAGUUGUCAAGCUACUGGUGAACCUACACCACAAAUCAUUUGGAUCUCACCGCAGAAUGAUGCGAUUCCAAUGUCAUCAAACAAAUUUGAGGUCAUGCAAAAUGGCAUGUUAAUAGUUAAAAAAGUAACACUAGCUGAUGAAGGGAAAUAUGCCUGUGUGGCACGAAAUUUUGCCGGUGACGACAUAAAAAAUGUGAUUCUUGAGGUUGAAUCCAGGGAACCUUUUAUCAAUGGCAACGAAGGCAAGAGUGCCAAAAAGGUGGUAGGCAUUUCUUAUCAAACUGUAUUAUUAGAUUGCAAGGUUGAAGGGAAACCUGAGCCAAGGGUUUGGUGGGUUACUCCUUACGGCCAAUCACUACAACUUUCCUAUCUCAGUGGUCGCUUUCAAGUACAUCAAAAUGGUAGUUUGGAAGUGAGAGGAGUGAGAAAAACAGAUGAAGGACAAUACAUGUGUCUGGCCAAAAACCAUCUCGGUGAAGCAUCCCUAUCAGUUGAAUUGGACGUGGCAUCAAUAGCCGAGAAACCAAGUUUUGCUGUUCCUAAUAUUGAACUCCUAUCAAUUAAACAUAAUGGUGGAGAAUUGCAACUGCAGUGCACUGCCCGUGGAAAACCAAGCCCAGAGUAUGUAUGGUUGCUACCUAAUGGGACGAUACUUAUGCCUGGUGUUAGACUACAACGCUUUGCCCAUCAUCAUAAUAAUGGGACUUUGUGGAUCUCGCAACUGGCUGCAAGUGAUAAGGGAGUUUACAGGUGCUUAGCAAAGAAUGUGGCUGGUCAAGCAGAGAAGCGUUAUGCACUGGAAGCAGGAAGGAAGCCAGUGAUCAGAGGGUCAACAGGAAGAAUAAAAAUCACCUAUGGCCAAACUCUCAACUUACAUUGUACUGUUGAUGGCUGGCCGCAGGCUUCGAUCACAUGGACCCUGCCCAAUGGCUUCACUUUGGAUAAACCUCAGUCUAUUGGUCGAGUUACAUUUCUUGCCAAUGGGACCCUCCAAAUGAGACAGAUUGCAACUUUCGACAAAGGGACAUACAUCUGCAAAGCCUCCAACGCUUUUGGCACAUCAGCGUUAUCGUACCCUAUCACAGUAAUGGUUCAUCCACCACGGAUCACUAGUAUGCUGUCCUCCAUUACCAGAGUGAACAGAGGAUCACCUGUUAAGUUAAAUUGUAUUGCUACAGGUGUACCCAAGCCAGAAAUCUCCUGGACUUUACCUGGCCGUACUACGCUGGUUCCACAUAACCGCUACAUAGUUCAAGGAGGGAUCCACAUGACAGAGGAGGGUAGCUUGGUCAUACAGAAUCCAGUGCUCAUGAACUCUGGUAUUUACAAAUGCAAUGCCAAAAAUGCUCUUGGAACAGAUUUUAAAUCUACAUACCUACAAGUGAUCUGAGGGACAUGUUGACACAUUUCCUAUUCCGGAAACAUGGGGUUAAGAAAUGCUCUUAAUAGUCAAAGCUGGAUAAGGAUUUGUCCAUAAGUUACUGUCCUAUACUAUACAUAUAAAGAUGGCCUAGAGACAAGCCACUGUAACGAGGCAGCUUCAUUCUUGAUAUUUUUUUCCUCAAGUCAUUAUGGCUUUGUACACCUACAAAUGCAUCUUGAUUCACAAGGCAACUUCUCAGUUUUGGUUACAUGUUCUAGAUUUGCAUCUGUUUUUUUUUUCCAACAAAAUUCAUUUUAAGUGAAAGCUGUAUUGUAAGAAUGGACACGCCUUGUAAGAACAGGGACCCGUUUGAUGUAACAGAAGUGGGGAAAAUUCUGAGCUCUUUUGUAAAUGAAGAAAAUAAAAAACUUAUAUAUAGUGGCAUAAAAAGUAUUUGCCCACAUUUAAAUUUUUUAAUACGUUGUGGGAUAGUUUUGCUGCUUUCAUAAAGUGUCAUGAUCUGUUUUGAUUUAGAAUUUAGUUUUCAUUGAAUCCUUUUGGGUCGGUGUCUCUGUCACCUAGUCUGUGAUCCCAUGUGUAACCCGACUAGCUCCUCCAACCUUUUGUGUCUUGUCCAGAUGCUCCUUGUGGUCUUGUCAGCUUGUAUUGAGUUCCUCAUUUCCUUUCAGUCCUUGUGGGUUCAUUGCUGUGCUGUGUUUUACUACUUUGAGUUUUGUUUUCAUCACUACUUUGCUCGUGUUUAUUUUAAAUAAAUGUUGUUUGAUCUACCUUGCUCUUUCUGCUUCCCUGCAUUUGGGUCCUCGUAAUCAUGCACCCCUGAUAUAAACUGUCUAUGUUUAAUUUGAAUAUCAUUGUCAGAUGUUUGCCUUUGCUUGGUGAUUUUAAACAUUAAUGUGGAAAAACUAUUAAAAAAAAGUUGAGAA